AUGGCCUCCUCGAAAAAAGAACUUCUCAAAGACCAGCUCAAAGACCAGCUCACAGACCCCCUCAAAGACUCGACCGCCUCUGAUCAGCGGAAAGAAGGAUCAUCUGACCACCUCAUGCCGUCUCAAGACGAAGCCUCCUCAAUCGACCCUCCGAAAGAGGGACCAAGGACCCGCUCAAGAUCACGCCUGGUGACGCCAGGCUUAAUGAUCAAAAUGGCCACUCAAUUGAACCGCCUCAAGAUCAUGAAAGACAUCUCGGCUGGGCUCGUUGACGAGCCCAGUGAAUGGACCACCUCAAAGUUGGAAAGUCUUCAAGAACGCCUCGACGAACAACAUAAAGGGUUUUUGAAAACCCACGCUCAUUUUGAGAGCGCAUGGCCGGAGUCUCAGAUAGAACAUCCUUACUUCUCGAACGACGUGUUCGUCGAAGAAGAAUUCCUGUACGCCUCAUCGUCUUCUCGAAUCCGUCAUCUCAAGGAGGAACUCGAGCCCCCUCAACCGUCAUCUCAACCGUCAUCUCAACCGACUGCUUCGUCGACGUCCGCUCAGCCACGCCUCCCAGAUAUACCUCUUCCAGUCUUCUCAGGCGACUACUCCAGUUGGCCAGGAUUCAAGGACCUCUUCCAGUCCCUUGUAAUCCAGAACACCUCCAUAUCUGAUGUCGAACGCCUCCACUACUUACGAUCGUCUCUUCAGUCAACUCCUCUCAAGCUAAUUUCUGGCUUAGCCCUCACUGGCGCCUCGUUCCCCAUAGCAUGGGAUAGCCUCCUCUCUCAAUAUGAGAACAAACGUCUUCUCUUGGCAGCUCUUUGCGAUAAGAUAUUCUCAACGCCUCACUGUUCUCCUCAAAAAAAUCCUCGUCUUUAUUACAAGACACUCCUCACCAACCUUGUAGAAGCUCUACAAGGUUUGACCGCUCUCGGCCAGUCACUGGAUUCAUGCGACUUCCUGCUGGUCUAUGUCAUCACGAAACAUCUCGACCGCUCAACUCGCGAAAAGUGGGAAUCCCAACUGGGAUCCUCCACCGAAUCGCCUCCUCUCACCAAACUUAUGGACUUCCUCCAGGCCCAUACCCGCUCUUUGGAGUGGCUGGAAGAACCUGAAGACUCCUCAAAAACGCCCGCCUCACGACCUAAAACGUCGUACUCGCACGCUGCCGCCUCCACUGCCACCUCAUCCAAAGUCUCCUCGUCAAAGGUCUGCUCAAAGCCCGUCUCGGGUGUAGUGCCUCCUCGUGUUGUGGCGAAAACCGCCGCAAAGUCUCCUCAACGACCAGUUCGCCCCAAUGGAUUGCCCUCUUACAAUUGUGACGACUGCGGUGACGAACACUUCAUCGCCACUUGUCCUCGCUACCACAGCCGUCAUCCAUCGGAAAGACACGAAGUGGUUCAUCGAAGACAGUUGUGCUACAAUUGUCUUGGCCGUCACAAUGUCCGCUCAUGUAGGUCUCAUCAAACAUGCCGGUUGUGCUCUGAUCGACAUCACUCCUCACUCCAUGACCACAUCAUCAUGGUCUCCUCCGCCAGAACUCCUCAAGCCUCCUCAGCCAGAACCCCUCAAGCCUCCUCGUCUAGGCCUACUUCUAAGCCCAGUGAAGCUAAGCCAGCCACCUCAAAAAGGGCCUGA